AUGCCGCCCAACCGCUCCCUAAGCCGCUUGAAGAGCGUGGACUUCUAUAAGAAGAUCCCCAGCGACCUGACUGAGGCGACGCUGACGGGCGCGUGGCUGUCCAUAGCAGCAUCGGUGAUCAUGAGCAGCCUGCUGGUCCUGACCAAUUUGGACCAUCUGCUGCGAAAGCUUGCGUUGACCCUUGACGCCGCCCCCGGCACCACGCGGUCGCUGUUGCCGCAGGAGCUGGCUGCGUUCUUGCGGGUGCAGACCGUGUCUGAGCUGGUGGUGGACCGCAGCACCAGCAACGAGCUGCUGAAGGUCACCUUCAACAUCAGCUUCCCUGCGCUUUCAUGCGAGUUCGCCACCCUGGACGUCAGCGACUCGUUGGGCACGAAGAAGAUGAACCUCACCAAAACAGUGCGCAAGGUGCCCAUCGACCUGGACCUCCAAAAAGCGGGCGUGGCGGUGGACGACGCAGGCAGCGGCCACAAGCCGGGGGGCCCCAAGUACGACGCCGAGGACACAUGGGUGGGUGGCCCGGGGGUAAGGGGGGGAGUAAGAGACGUGAUGUUUUGGGUGCUACACUAA